AUGGCUGUACAAGAAUCUUCUCGGCGAGCUGUGAGCCGCGACGUGAGUGCUCCCUUACUCCUUGACCGCUACUCGCACUACACGGCCAGACUAGCAUGCCUGCCUCUCAACGUGUCUCUUAUUAGGCAACUUCAGUCUCGAGUGCCUGACAGUCAGUAUCAACCACCUCAUAACUUCGACGGAAUGGAGCGUCUAUUGAAACCUGAAAGGUUAGACUGUGACUCUAACUCGACCACAGCGGCACAGGAGUGGCGGCAUUGGCUGCAGACCUUCAAGACCUUCAUCGCCGUUCUGCCACAAGAGAAUCUGAACAAGCUGGGACUUCUCAUCAAUUUUGUGUCGCCAAAGAUUUAUGAAAGUAUUUCCGAGUGCACUACCUACGACGACGCCUUAACUACACUACAAUCUCAGUUUGUGAAACCAACUAAUGAAGUGUUCGCGCGCCACCGCCUUGCGACUCGUCGUCAGGAACCAGGCGAGUCUUUGGACGUGUAUUUUCGUGCUCUGAAAAUUCUUAGUAAAGAGUGUAAUUUUAAGGCGGUAACAGCAACUCAGCACUGUGAAGAAUACAUUAGGGAUGCGCACGGGCUCUCGAUUCGGCGCAGAAAAACUUAUGGAGGUGCUCCGUCCACGCGCCUGUUGAGUGCAGUACAUGAAAAUUCAACUAAUGUUAGUGAUUUAGAACCCGAAUCCGUUCUCGCGGCAAGUGCUACGAAAGCAAAAUGUUUCUUUUGUGGUCUUCUACGGCAUCCACGUUCAAAGUGCCCUGCUCGUGAUGCGGUGUGUCAUAAGUGCCAGAAGAAGGGUCAUUUCUCGAAAGUGUGCCGUACCUCCAGUGUAAGUGGUUCUGUGACUCCUAACAAUAGCGCUAUGCUUGCUACCAUAACUAGUGCUGCUACUCCUAGCAUCUUGUCAAAGGCAGUUGCGAGAGUUUCGAUCAACGGAAUCGAAGCUGAUGGCCUCAUUGACAGUGGUAGUUCAGAGAGUUUCAUUCAUCCAGAUCUAGUUAAACGCCACUCAUUAAAUGUACAACACUCUAAAAGUGCUGUGACCAUGGCUUCCACUUCUCUUUCUGCUCACACGUCUGGAGUUUGCAAAGUUAACAUUAAAGUGAACGGCCGGGAUUAUGAAAGUGUACGCCUCACUGUGCUCCCGAAGUUAUGUUCUAGCGUAAUUCUUGGCCAAGACUUUCAGAAACUCCAUGAAAGUGUUCAGUUGAAUUACGGUGGUGAUUUUCCCCCGCUCGUUAUUUGUGGACUCGGUGUGCCAAAGAUUGAUCCUCCAGAGUUGUUUGCCAAUCUUACAGCUGAUUGCCAUCCUGUUGCAGCCAAAUCCCGGCGCUACUCCACUGAAGACCGCGAAUUUAUAGAAAAAGAAGUACAAAGGCUAUUGAAGGAAGGAAUCAUCGAACCAAGCAACUCUCCGUGGCGUGCUCAAGUGGUUGUCGUGAAAGGCGAGUCCCGCAAGAUGCGGCUGGCCAUAGACUAUUCUGAAACCAUCAAUAAGUUUACACUCCUUGAUAGUUACCCCCUUCCUCGUAUUGAUGAAACAGUGAAUAAGAUGGCACAGUAUAGAAUUUUUAGUACCAUUGAUCUGCGCAGUGCUUAUCAUCAAGUGGCCAUCAAAGAUACAGACAAGUUGUAUACGGCUUUUGAAGCAGGAGGUAAACUUUACCAGUUUGCAAGAAUCCCAUUCGGUGUCACUAAUGGAGUUGCUUGUUUCCAAAGAAUUAUGGAUUCGCUGAUCAAGGAGGAAGGACUUGUUGGUACCUACGCCUAUUUAGAUAAUGUCACCAUCUGUGGAAUGACGCAACAAGAACAUGAUGGCAAUCUCAACAAGUUCCUUGAAGCUGCUGCGAGGAGAAACAUGACCUACAAUGAAGAUAAGUGCACCUUUUCAACCUGA